UAUCACUCCGCAGCAAGAAACGAAAACCCUUAAUUAUUUUUGGAGAAACAUCGAAAGAGAUUCCAUAAUAGAACAGUCAAACCUGUUCCUCUUUCAGAAACCUAUUUUCGCUCUUUCGUUCUCAAGCUAUCGAUCUCACUCCAUUUGUGAUUUGUGUUCCAUUUCAAUUUGUUUUCAAUCCCAAGCAACUCUCAAUCAAUCUCGCUCCUCAUAUCUCUCCAAUCGCGGUGCCGCAUUUUCUCAUCUCAUCUACGCAGUAACAUUUGUACUAAAACCCUAUAUCAAUGAUUGAGCCCUACAAUAAGCUUGUUAAACUCGCUGCGAGAGCUUUCUAUGAUGAUCCUACCAGCAAAGGAGAUGAUCAGCCCAAAACUGGAAGAAGUGAUAACAGAGGAAUUGACGUAGUCAUCCUUGAUGCCCUCACCAGAAAACAAUGGGUUAGAGAAGAAGACUUGGCAAAGGACCUCAAAUUGAAUACAAAGGAACUUCGUCGAAGGCUGCAGUCCUUUGCAGAAGAAAAGAUUAUCACUCGAGAUCAAAGGAAAGAGACAGCAAAAGGUGCAAAAAUAUAUAGUGCCGCUGUAGCUGCUACAGCUGAUGCUACGAAAGGAAAAAUGGGAGAAGAAAAGGUCAAGCUACACACACACUCUUACUGUUGCCUAGAUUAUGCACAGAUAUAUGAUGUGGUUAGGUACAGACUGCAUCACAUGAAGCAUAAGCUGAAAGAUGAAUUGGAGAACAAAAACACCGUUCAAGAAUAUAUAUGUACAAAUUGUGGAAAAAGAUACAAUGCUUUGGAUGCACUGCGGUUAAUAUCUUUUGAAGAUGAAGACUUCCAUUGUGAACAUUGUAAUGGAAAACUAGAGGUUGAAAGUGAUAAGUUAGCUGCUCAAGAAGGUGAAGAUGGAGAUGAGAAUGCAAGAAGACGGCGGCGCGAAAAGUUAAAGGACAUGCUUCAAAAGAUGGAGGUACAACUCAAGCCUUUAAUAGACCAAAUUGGUCGGGUAAAAGACUUGCCUGUUCCAGAAUUUGGCAGUCUUCAAGCAUGGGAAGCUCGAGCUAGUGCAGCUGGGCGUGCAGCUAAUGGAGAUAAUGCUGGUGAUUCUAAUAUGGGAUAUAAUGGAGCACCACUGCCAUACAGUGGAGAUACCAAGGUGGUAGUUGACUUCAAUGGUACUGAAGGCAAAGGUGAUGGUGUUAAAUCUGAAACUGACAGUACAUCUUUAAAGGUUUUGCCUCCAUGGAUGAUUACAUCAGGUAUGAAUCUUACAAAGGAACAGCGUGGAGAGGUGAAGCAGGAAACAAAAACGGAUGGGACUUCAACUUCCACAGCAGCUCAAUACACAGACGAGAAAAAGUCAACAAUCGGGCAUGAUGAGAAAAAUAUACAGGAUGAGUAUAUCAAAGCUUAUUAUGCUGCUUUACUUAAGAAGCAACACGAAUUGGAAGAAGCUGCAAAAAUUCCCCAAGAUAUGAACACAGCAGAUGAUCCUUUUAGCAGUACUUCCAAUCGCCAAGCUGGCAUGAAAUCAAAACGCGGGGAAGAUGAUGAUGGUACUGAGUGGGAAGAGGCUCCUGUUAGAGGAAAUGGAGGUUACAAGGUGGAUUUGAAUGUUGAAGCCGAUGCUCCAGCAGAAGACAAUGAAGAUGAUGUCGACUGGGAAGAAGGUUGAUGGAAGAAAAAAAAAUCAGUAUAGUCAUUAUGAAUGUAAUGGCUAAUUCUGAUCUGCAAGGACAUGUGUUAUAAGUUAUUAUAAUUAUAUAACACAACUUCAAAUUAUGUACGACACAAGAUCGGAGUUAGCUGAGUGCAUGUUUUUGUGAGAGGAAGUUUUCAUGGUCACAAAACCGUGGUCACAAGUCUUGGGAAUACUAACAAAAGUAGAAUUAAAAUGUAGAAUUAAUUUUUUGAUUAUUUUUGAAAUAAUUAUAAGAAUAAAACGUAUAACUAAUCUUUUGUGAGUAUGCUAUUUGGCAUAGAUGCGUCCUGGUUUGAGAGGAGAUGUACAGUUGACUUUUAAGUUAAUCAUCAGUUUUGAACUUUUCAUCAUAUAUUGGUUGACUAGAUAUCCCUAAUUUGUAACUUUGCAUGUUAUGACUUAUGACUACAUUACCAAUGAAUACUUUGAUUUGUGAAUGGUGCCCCCUCCCAAUGAAGAAAUGGUAAGCUCUGAAUUAUUCUA